AUGGAUAGUCCUUUAGCAGCCAGUACUCCCUUGCAGCAAGAUUCUGUAAAGCGGAAAACAUCAAAAUGUAUUAUUAAAUCAAAAAAGUCUCUACAAGAUUCCAAAUCUAAUACAUUGAACACUACUACUAUCAAUAGUUUCCCAGAACUUUUUCAAUUAGAACUAAGCUUAAAAAUGUUUCCAGAAAUCAUUACACCAUAUUUAAAUAGUUUAUCACGUGAAGCAUUAAUAUUAAUGAACAACUGCAAGUAUUCAAUUUCAAAAAAUGUCCAAAAAACCAUUCAACAUAUUCAAAACCAACUGGAAUCAAGUAUGGAUACUCCGAUUUACACUACUAUAGUAAAUAAAACGUAUCCCACAAUACCAUUUAUAAAGGUUGAUUUAGAUUAUUUAAACAUAUUAAAUAGUAAAUAUGCAAAGACAGAUAAAAUCUUAAAAUUACUUAAAUUAUCAUUGAAUGAUAAUAUUCCAGAUAAUUCUCUUGAUAAUUCAAUGUCAUUAUCUAUGAAUAGUGAAAUCUCAUCAAUAAUUAGAACUGAAGAACCUGGUUCAUUUUACUAUACUGGAGAAUUGUAUAAAUCAAAUACUUCAAUAUUAUCUAAUAAUUCUUUCAAUAGUUUAAAUAAUAGCGUUUCUUUACAUCGAUCAUCUAAAGAACACUGUUUAGAAAACUGUAGUGAAAUUUCAUCAAUAAUUAGAACUGAAGAAGCUGGUACAUAUGAAUACACAGGAGAAUUAUAUAAAUCAAAUACUUCAAUAUUUUUUAAUAUUCCCUUAAAUAGUUUAAAUAAUAGCGUUUCCUUAGAUAGAUCAUCUAAGGAACAAUAUUUAGAAAAUUAUAAUUCUCUACGUGAAUAUGCAAAUGACCCAAGUGAAGACAUUUCACAAAUUGUCACACCUGUUAUUCAUUCAUUUGAUGACAGAUUUAAUAUAGAGAAAUUGCCUUCUAUUAAUAAAAGUAGUCCUAAUGAUUUUUCAUUGGAAAAUUAUAGUGAUUGUAAACAAGUUGAAGCAGAAAAAGAUCAAAAGCGAUACUGGUUAAGACAUCGCCCAAAAGCAACUGAUCACUUUUUUAUACCUUAUAAACCAAUACAAAAUAAAAAAAAAAUAUGUCAGAAUAAGACCAAUUACAAUGAUGUGAUUAUUAAUCAAGGCAAAGGUAAAAAAAAAGUAACUCUGAAGUAUAAAUUUCAUUCAGUAAUAAAUAACAAUUCAUGUCUAGAGAAUAACACUGGUUUUAAUAAAAAUAAUACCAUAUCAAAUAUUUCGAUAAACCCAAGAAAAACCGAUAAGCCCUGCCGUUGUGGAAUUUAUCCAUCCCAAGUUCCUUCUUCUUGGAGUAGUGUAAUGCAUGAAACUGUCCAUCAAAAUUUAUAUAAACUUCAAUUCAAGAGUCAAAUUAAUAUAGAGUAUGACGUUCUAAGUAAAGUCAAUGACAAUGGAUUUCUUUAUGACAUUAUAAAAAUUACUAAAGACAAUAAUAAUGAUAGAAACUUGAACUCGUUAUUAAAAAACAUACAGGAUUUUAUUGAUUUAGAAUUAGAUUUUUCAAACAAAAAAUUAAACAGUAAAAACCAUUCAAUAUUUUUAGCGGUAAAUCCUAAUUCAAAAAUUAUUGGAUAUUUAGAAAUAGAUUUUUUGGAAAAUGCUUGCAUUUAUCAAAAUAAUAGACUUUCAAAUAAUUUGACUACGGUCAAAUUUGGAGUAUCAAAAAUAUGGGUGAUGGUCAAGUACAGGAAUAAAGGAGUAGCAACAAAUCUGUUAAAACAAUUUCAGGAUGAAGCAAACGUAAAUGCAAAUAAUAUUGCAUUUGCCUAUCUUGGAAGUCAUGGAAUUCCAUUUAUUAAAAAAUACUACGGUAAUAACUCUAUUUUAAUUUAUUAA